AUGGACCCCAAAAUGGCUUUCCACGUCAAGCUCUAUGCAUCAUCAGAUCUUCUCAACCAGCCCUGGAUCUCAGAUCUCACAUACAUGGUGAACGCCAGCUACCGUGUCAGUCACACCACCAAAAUAAAGUUCGCCUCGACCAAGACCCGGCUACAAUCCGACUCCGCAUUAUCCGAGGAGCUCGGUGAACACGCCUUCACCGCAGUGGCGCUUGUUGGAGAUGGAAAAGAUCAAAAGAUCGAAGUGAUCGGGACCGCAAGUAUGAAAAAAUGGAAAGAUGACGGCCUUUGGACGCCUACCACCAAAGACGGGCAGGAGCAUGAGGACACAUCCAAUAAUGGAUGUGUUGAUCAAAUUCUGCACCGACGUGCCUGUCCCGGCGACUAUGAAUUGGCUGUUGUUGCUCUCCCGCCCGAUCCACAAUACCGCGGCAAGGGUAUUGCUGGGCAUCUUGUGAAGGCAUGUGAAGAAGAGAUUUUGCGGCGGCAUCAGGCCAAUGGGAAGGAUGUGUCGUCUCCAGUACGCAUUAUGAUUCGGGUUACUAAAGAAGACACUGGUGCCUACUGGUUGAAACAGGGGUUCACUGUUGUUGGUAGUCAGUUGUGUCCUAAGGGGUUCUGGAAUUCGUUGGAGGAGUUUACUAUGUGGGCUAUGAUGCGAGAGUUGUCAACGAUAUAA